AUGGAACGAGUGGCGUCAGUGGAGCAGUUGGCCUCAGCACUUCGACGAUACCUAUUCGCUGCCGUGCAUUGGAUCGAAGCGCUCUUUUCACUAGCACAAAUCGAGAAUGUGCCGGAAAAGGUUGCUGUUCUCAAGAGUGUCUUCGCUCCAUACACAAUCCUCUGUCAAGCGGCACGGACUGCACAGCUGUCCCGAGACGUAGAUGUGAUUUGUCUAUGCAAUCGCACAACGAUCACACGACAACCUCCACGACACCUGCUUGAGACAAACCUGUUGGCCAACAAUCUAGUGCCACGAAUCCUCGACGACCUGGUGGCACCAAUGCGGAAGUUGUCGCUUAGCGAGGCUGAGAUCGUAGUUCUAUCCGCCUUAGUGAUCCUGGAUCCAGAUUCGCCUGGCUUAUCGGAAUCAUCAUCGCUGGCGCUCAGUCAACUUCGCGAUCGUGUGCAGAACGCGUUGUUCCAACUCAUUCGAGAGAACUCAUCAGUGCUACACAAUGUGACGAGCCGUUUCGGCAACAUUCUUCUUCUGCUACCACCACUUGCGAAACUGAGCUCACUCGUCGGAGAGAACGUGCAGUUUGCUCGUAUGUUCGGGGGAUCGCUCGAUCCGCUUCUUGUGGAACUGUUUGCUGACAACACCUCUGAGGUGAUUCCAUCCCCUUCAACGAGGGAAAAAGCGGACGUGUCCACCCAAACAUAUUCGUCCACAUCACCGGUCCUGCCGUCUGAUAUUACUGAAGUACACGAGGAAGUUCCGGCAUGCACUGAGCCUACUCGUCCGGCACCUGUUCUACCAACAGUCAAUCCAACCAUGUCGUACAAUCCGUUCUACUUUCCUGGACAACAGUUCCAAAUGCCGCAUGCGGUCAGCUACGCCUCAUCGCAACCCUACACACAGUCGACAUUCUUCGACUCCACUACAACUCCCACACAGUUUCGAUUCAUGUAG